GACACGUUCGUGAACACUGAGCAGGGUUCAAGCGAGGAGGUCGCGAGACCCGCCUUGCGUGCGCCGGACAUUGCGAUUGAGAUAGCUUACAAGCGACAACUGCUCUUCAUUGGUGUUUGCCUCCUACAAGGAACGACAAUACACAACCUAUUGGCUCUCCGCAUUCUAGACUUCUACCCGAAGUUACUCAACGAUAUAUGCACUUCGGAAGAUUAUUAUGGUCUGUCACCUCUUCAUCAAGCAAUCAUUAAUCAUGAUGUGGAAAUGGUCAGCAAACUAUUGCGACGAGGAGCUGACGUAGAUCAGAGGUGUUAUGGAGCUUUCUUCUGCGCAGAUGAUCAGAAAGGCAGCAGAACCGAUAGUUUAGAGCACGAAUACGUCGACCUCACAAUGAACACCAAUUACACAGGCACCAUGUACUUUGGCGAAUACCCGCUCUCUUUUGCUGUUUGCAUGAACCAGCCGGAUAUGUUUCGUCUCUUAAUGGCUAAGAAAGCAAAUCUUAAUGCUCAGGACACCAAUGGGAAUACUGUGCUGCACCUCUGUGUGAUCCAUGAGAAAUUGGAAAUGAUGAAGCUUGCACUGGAAGCUGGCGCACGAUUACAUAUCAGCAACAAGCAGAAUCUGACUCCUCUGACAUUGGCUGCAAAACUAGCGAAGAAGAAGAUCUUUGAUAUGGUCCUGGAGCUUGAAGGACAAAGUGUGUGGGUCUAUGGCGGAGCCAGUUGCUCAGCUUAUCCAUUGACAAAGAUUGACACUAUUAACGAAGUUACUGGAGAAAUGAAUGAGGAGUCUGCGCUGUCUUUGGUUGUCUAUGGAAAAACUUCUGAACAUCUAGAACUUCUCGACGGGAUUCUAGAGAAUAUACUCAAAGAAAAAUGGAAAGCGUAUGGGAGGCAACAUUGGCUUCAAUCAUUGAUAUCAUUCAUUAUCUACUACAUCAUCUUUACCACCGCUUACAUGCUUCGACCGAUUUCAGCCACUACUGAGGUAAGAGUUGAAGCCUCCUUAUUUCAAACAAGUGAUGCAAUGACGAAACUGUGCACGUUCGGUAAUCCAUUACCUGGAAGGAUUCCUUUCUUUUUUACCAUUUUUCAAUGGUAA